ACUACCCCUUCGUGGAGUAAUGAAAUGUCAUCUACAUCAAUUGUAUUGUCAAUAUAUCAACCUUGAAGUUUAAUUAACUAGUAUUAUUACCAUGGCCGGAAAGUGUCUCUCACAUAAAUUUGCAAUCCUUUUCACCGCUCUCCUUGUGGUUAUUGCUUCUCAUUCAUUCUAUUCCACGAAGAUUCAUGUGAUGGCCCAAGAAGAUGUACUACAAAUUGCAACGAAACUAUUUCAAGAUGAUCCAACUUGUGGGAAACCUUGUAAUACAAUGGAUGAUUGCUCUAAUGGUUGGUUCUGUCAGGCCUGUUGGAAUUCUAGAAAGACCUGUGGGCCAUUUGUUGGUGAUGCCAUAGCCAUGGGCAUGUAAUUUCACUAUUAUCUUCUUUCCAACAUUUAGUCAUUUAUAAGAUAAAUAAAUAACAAGUGAUGAAAGUGUUGUUCAAAGAAAAAAGUAUGAUGGAUUCAGACUCUGUGGUUAAGAAAUUAAAUCGGGUGUAAUGUGUUCAUCAAUUGAAUAAAAGAUCAUACAAUGUAUGGUGAUA